AUGAACCUACCCGCUGACAAUCCGGCAAGCAACCUUCCAAGGAUAAGCAUCUCAACACUACCAGCAGGCUUGCAAGAGAAGAACAUUACGGCAGCCAUUGCAGCCAAGGCAGCGCAUAUCACCAAGACGCUCUUUCUGCCCAACCGGGCGGCCAGUGCAGAGCCGCCCAAUGACCCUACGGCCGCCCCCAAUAUGAACGUGCACACCACUGUGGACCAUACUAUGUUCAGGGCACAUGGGGAUGGAUAA